AUGGCUGAAUCAUUUGUGUUCAGUAUUGCUGAUUCACUCCUAGGGAAGCUUGUUUCUCAUGCUUAUGAAGAAGUUUCACGAGCAUAUGGUGUGUAUGAUGAUCUACAACAAUUCAAGGAAACUUUGUCAAUCGUCAGAGGUGUUCUGUUGGAUGCUGAGUAUAAGAAGGACCAAAAGCAUGGGCUGCGUGAAUGGCUGAGACAGAUUCAAAACAUCUGCUAUGAUGCUGAAGAUGUACUUGAUGGAUUUGAGUUCCAACACAAGAGAAAGCAAGUUGGCCAAACAUCUAACAAAACUGGGACGAAGGUACGUCACUUAUUUUCUUCCUCUAAUCCAAUUGUUUUGCGUCCUAUGAUGGCACACCAAAUCAAAGAGAUUAGGGAAAGAUUAGAUAAGGUAGCAGCUGAUGGGAUCAAGUUUGGUCUAACAAAUAUUGAUGUUGGUCCUGAACCUGUUUUGCAAAGGAGUGAAUUGACUCACUCCCAUGUUAAUGCUUCAGAUGUAAUUGGUAGGAAGAAUGAUAAGGAAAAUAUUAUCAAGCUUUUGAUGCAACCUCAUUCUCAGAGUGAUGGUGAUCAAAGUUUGUGUGUUAUUCCAAUUGUGGGAAUUGGAGGAUUGGGGAAGACCACACUUGCAAAGUUGGUGUAUAAUGAUAAGAGGAUGGAUCAACUUUUCCAAUUGAAGAUUUGGGUUUCUAUGUCCAACAACUUUGAUACCUGGCACAUAAUUAUUAAAAUCAUCAACUCUCCCUCUGCUUUUGGUCCACCAAGUGUUGCUUACCAAGAAAACCUCAACAACUUAGAUACUGAAUUGCUUCUAAGUCGUCUUAGACAUACGCUUUCUGGUCAGAAAUUUUUUCUUGUGCUUGAUGAUAUAUGGAACGAUGAUCGUGCAAAGUGGAUGGAGUUGAUGGAUUUGAUAAACAUUGGUGCAGCUGGAAGUCGUAUCAUUGUGACGACACGUAGUAAAUCAAUUGCUAACAUGACAGGUACUCUUCCCCCGUAUGUUUUAAGUGGUCUUUCUCAAGAUGAUUGUUUAUCUUUGUUUGUCAAAUGGGCGUUUAAGGAAGGUGAAGAAAUUAAACAUCCAGGUCUUUUAGAGAUUGGAAAAGAAAUCGUGAAAAAAUGUGCAGGGGUUCCACUUGCUGUCAGAACAUUAGGAAGCUCAUUGUUCGCGAAAUAUGAUUCAAAAAAGUGGAUAUCUCUAAGAGAUUGCGAGAUAUGGAACUUUGAACAAAAGAAAGGAGAUAUUUUGCCUGCACUAAAGUUAAGCUAUGAUCAAAUGCCUUCCUAUUUGAGGCAAUGCUUUGCUUACUUUUCCCUUUAUCCCAAAGAUCAUGCCAUCUCUAUUGGUGACAUUACCCGUCUUUGGAUAGCUCAUGGAUUAGUAAAAUCUCAAAAUAGAAGUGAACAACUAAUGGAUAUUGCUAGAGAAUAUAUAGAAGAGUUAUAUUCUAGAUCAUUUCUUCAAGAUUUCGAAAACUUUGGCUUUGUUGUAACAUUCAAAGUACAUGAUUUGAUUCACGAUCUCGCUAUUUAUGUUGCAAAAGAGGAGUGUGUAGCAGUUGAUUCACAUACUGGAAAUAUACCUGAACAUGUAAGGCACUUCUCAAUUAUUGGAAAUAAUUCUACAGAUAAAGUUUCGUUAUCCAACUCAAGAGGUUUGAGAACUAUAUUAUUUCCCGUCAAAUGGGUGAGCACUGUCAGCGAAACUUUGUUGGAUACAUGGAUAUCAAAAUACGAAUACUUACGGUAUUUUGACUUAAAUCGUUUUUCCUUUGAGACGCUGCCUUCUUCAAUUGCUAAAUUGGAGCACUUGCGAGUUCUUGACCUUUCUUAUAAUGCAUAUAUCAAAAGACUUCCAAAUUCUGUUUGCAAACUCCAUAAUUUGCAAGUCUUGAGGCUCAUUGGAUGCACAAAGCUUGAAACAUUGCCUCAAGGGUUAGAGUUAUUGAUUAGCCUUCGAGAAUUGUAUAUAACCACAAACCAAUCAGUUAUGUCACUGACAGAACUAGAAAACUUGAAGCACCUUCAAGUUUUGGUCUUUUAUAAGUGUGACAAUAUGAAGUUUCUAUUCAAUAAGGUGCAACAACUCACUUCUAUUGAAAUAUUGAAUGUUGAAUCAUGUGGUAGCCUAGAGUCCCUACCUCUCUUCAUUUUUCCUAAAUUACUAGAUCUUGCAAUUUCAGACUGCCAGAUGCUAAACUUGACUUUGUACAAUGAAAGCUCAAUCCCAAAGUUGAUGAUGAAACGUUUAUAUCUUGGAAUACUCACAGGAUUUCUGACAAUUCCUACUUGGAUUGAAGGUGUUGUAGAGACUUUAGAGACUUUAGAGAUUGUUGGACUUCCCGAUUUUACGACACUUCCCGAGUGCCUAACAACAAUGACUCGUCUCAAGCGCCUUUGGAUUUUGUACUGCCCUCAACUGUUGAGUCUUCCAAGUGACUUCCAUCACCUCACUUCCCUUGAAGAUUUAGUCAUAUGUGGUUGUCCUAAGUUAUUCCAAAAAUAUCAGCCUGAGUUUGGUGAGUAUUGGCCCAUGAUUGUUAGCAUGAAAAUCACUUCAAUUGCAAUUCUACAAGGAGUUGUUGAGGAAUGA